GAUGUUACUGAUUAGUUAACUAGUGGUUCUGUCGUUAAACGAGAUUUAUUGAAGUAAGUGCCUGACAAACAAGGCAUCCCAGAAUCACGACGCUGAUCUCAUCAGCUCCAAAGAAUUCCACCGUUUCAAGCUGCCGGUGAACUCGCUCAAUUAAUCAACCAGAUCAUCAAUCAAUCGCAUACAACAUGGGUGUCCUCGAGAAGCUCUCCCGCAAGACCGGUGUCAUCGUCGGCGAUGACGUCCUGCGCCUCUUCCAGUACGCUCAGGAGAAAAACUUUGCUAUUCCCGCCAUUAAUGUGACCUCCUCUUCCACCGUGGUCGCUUCUCUCGAAGCUGCUCGCGACCAGAACUGCCCCAUCAUCCUGCAAAUGUCCCAGGGUGGUGCUGCCUACUUUGCCGGAAAGGGCGUCGCCAAUUCCAACCAGGAAGCUUCCAUCGCUGGUGCCAUUGCCGGUGCGCACUACAUCCGUAGCAUUGCCCCCUCCUACGGCAUCCCCGUCGUUCUUCACACCGACCACUGCGCCAAGAAGUUGUUGCCCUGGUUGGACGGCAUGCUCGAUGAGGACGAGCGCUACUUCAAGCAGCACGGCGAGCCUCUUUUCUCCUCUCACAUGAUCGAUCUUUCCGAGGAGCCGGUUGACUGGAACAUUGAGACUACUGCCAAGUACUUGAAACGUGCUGCUCCUAUGAAGCAGUGGCUCGAGAUGGAAAUCGGUAUCACCGGCGGUGAGGAAGACGGCGUCAAUAACGAAGACGUCGACAACAACUCCCUCUACACCCAACCGGAGGACAUCCUCGCCAUCCACAACGCCCUCUCCCCCAUCAGCCCCUACUUCUCCAUCGCCGCGGGUUUCGGUAACGUGCACGGAGUCUACAAACCCGGUAACGUGCGCCUGCACCCGGAACUCCUCAGCAAACACCAAAAGUACGUCAAGGAGAAACUCGGCUCUUCCUCCGAUAAGCCUGUCUUCUUCGUCUUUCAUGGUGGUUCCGGUUCCUCGAAGGAGGAGUACAAGGAAGCUAUUAGCUAUGGUGUCGUGAAGGUUAAUGUCGAUACGGACAUGCAGUUUGCUUACUUGUCUGGUGUGAGGGAUUAUGUCCUCAAGAAGAAGGAUUAUCUGAUGACUGCUGUCGGUAACCCAGAUGGUGCUGAUAAGCCCAACAAGAAGUUCUUUGAUCCUCGUGUUUGGGUUCGUGAGGGUGAGAAGACGAUGAGUCAGCGUGUGAAGGAGGCUCUUGCAGACUUCAACACUGCUGGUCAGUUGUAAUUUGUUUUCAGGUUUUUGGGGGGGUGGGGUUGAUGAUGCAGACCUAAAAUAAACCAGAAUUGAAUAUUGAAUUGACCGAAGCAUACAUUCUAUUUUCAUUAACGCAAUAUAAAUCAUACUAUUCUUUUUCCAUCCGUCUCUAGUCACUGAGAAAGAAUAGUUACUCCCUCUUCUUCAACUCCUCCGGUAACGUAGCAACAUGCUGCUCAAACAAUUCCUCCGCCUGCUUCCACACACGCGCAUUCUCUCUAUCCUUGAGCUGCAACAAUGAAGGCAACAAUGCCGUACUAAACAUCUCCGAACUCUCGCGAGGUAACAAAGAUGGCAAGUGAUCGAUGCUGAUUACGUCGAGCGGUAAAUCCGGGUUUCCGACGGAGGCAAUGUUGGUUACGGGGACGGUGGGUUUGUCGAAUGUUGUUGUUAUGUUGUAGAUUGGGAUUGGGUUGUGGGGGUUUGUUCUGU